GCCGAUAAUGUUUUGUUUUGUCCUUUCACUUUUGAGGUCGUUAGCCGAUUCUCAGCGUUCAAUGCAGGUGUUCUUCGGCCCACUAACAUUUUAUUUGGAACCAGUGAUCGGCAACUCAGCGUGUUUUACUUUAAUGCCUCUGGCAUCGGCAUUUGUUCUUACAUAAUCUGUCGGCUUGCCAAUCAGAGGAGUUUUUCUCUCGUUAGUCCUAACGUGCUAGCGACAAUACAGCUGACCGAGAUUGCAACCUUUUGUGCUGAAACAGCGCUGACUCUGGUUACAUCUACGACCCCGUGCCAUGCACUGCUGGACAUGGAAUCGCCCCCAACAGGGCGUGCUAUAGGUAAUGGUGCCGGCAGUCUCCUUGCAGUGAUGGUUCUGCUAAAGCAGCUACAGCUGAGCACAUUUGCUAGCUGAAAGACGUUCGCUCCUAAAGAAGAGGAUGAAGGAAGUAUCGAGGCACAGUGAUGGAACUGUACCAGGGUUUCGAAUGGUUCACUUUGAGUCUCCACCGCAUGCCAGUGCACUUCUUAAUGGCCUCAAUCUUUUGCGAGCCCGAGGACAGCUUCUUGAUGUGACUCUUAUUGCUGGUGGCCGAGAGUUUAAGGCACACCGCGCUGUUCUAGCUGCCUGCAGUGACUAUUUUCGGGCUAUGUUCACGGAUGCUAUGCUUGAGAGCCGUCAGCCUGAGAUCUGUCUUAAUGGAGUGAGUGCCCAGGGUCUGCGAUGUCUUCUGGAAUAUGCAUAUACAUCAAGGCUGGUGCUUAGCUUAGCUAACAUUCAAGAUGUAUUGGCCACCGCAAAUCAUAUCGGACUGACCCCUGUCGUCGAAGCCUGCUCUUCGUACCUGCAAGAUCAGCUUGAUUUAGAAAACUGCAUUGAUGUUGCUACACUUGCAGAAACAUACUCACUACGAAGACUUCGGAAACGAGUUUAUCGUUUUAUUUGUGCUAACUUGCACCAAUUUGCUAAAACACCAGAAUUUCAGCGUCUCUCCACAACACAAAUGGAGCAUCUUCUUGCCUGCGAUUUCCCUGUGAAUUGUCCUGAGGGGGAUGUGCUUUCAUUUGUCCUCAACUGGGUUGCCUGUGAUUUAGGUGAUCGGCUCUCACAGGCUCGCAAGUUGGUCUCUUACAUUUGCUUUUCGGAAAUUCCAGCAUCCAGACUUGCCGAGUUAUGGGACUCCCCAGUGCUGCAGUGCCUAUUUUCACGAAGGAUUCCUCCUCACCUGUCUGGCAUUGGUGGUCAACCACCCCCUAGCCUGGUGAAUACUCGAGGCAUGGAGCUUGUAUUGCUCAAGGUAGGAGGAUUUGGUUUGUCAGGUGUUACUAAUGAAAUUACUUAUUACUUGCCUAGUGCAGGCCGUUGGAAAUACCUCACCUCUAUUCCUCACGUAGAGCAGUGCAAUUUUGGCACAGCUGUUCUUGGCAAUGAGCUUUAUGUGGUAGGUGGCUGCUUUAACCAAAGCUUGCACCAGGAAAAUGUGCACCCAUUUGGUUUUCGUUAUAAUGCACUCACUGGUAAGUGGUCGACUAUGGCACCCAUGCGGUGGGAGCGUUGUCGAUUUGCACUUUGCGUGGCUCGAGACCAUCUCUAUGCAGUUGGGGGUGCCGGUGAAGUACUUGGUGAUGUUGACACUGCUGAGGAUGGAGAGGCUCAUUGUGAGCGUUAUGAUCCGCACACGGAUGUGUGGAUGCCUGUUGCUCCACUUCCCGGUGCUCGAACUCAGCAUGCUGGUGCAGCCUGGGGCCCAUACUUAUUUGUUUCUGGAGGCCUCAAUGCAGAUUCAGUGCUCAACUCUCUUCUUCGUUAUGACACACGUACUGAUAACUGGGAAACAAUGUUGCCCAUGUCUAUACCCAGAGCUGACCACUCUAUGGUUGUUUACGGGGACCGCCUUGUGGUCUGUGGUGGAUGGUAUGAAGAUGCUGCUACAGGCACGCGCGUCCUUGCCGAAACGGUUGAAGCAUAUGACAUAGCUGCCAAUUCUUGGACUCCUGUCACAACAGUGCCAACCCCACGAUACCAUGCUGGUGUUGCAGUGCUCAGCUCGUGGCUCUACACAGUGGGUGGUUUCCACAGUGACACUACGUUUGACCGCGCAAGUGGAGUCGUUGAGAGGUUCGACUUGGAUGGCAGUCUUGGUUGGGAAGAAGCGCAGCCUUACCCACAGGAUGUAUGGGAGCAUGCGUGUUGCACCUUGUUUGUUCCUCGCUGUAGAGAUGACCUUGACGUCAUUUCGGACAAGACCUUAAUGUAAGUUCUGGCAUUGCUGGGCACAUUUCUCACUUUGUGCCACUGAGGAGGAAGCCAUAGUGCAAGAAUGGCUACGCUUUAGUUUAAUUUUGUGUGUAUUUAGUUUUCUUUUUGUUCAAGUAACAUGUUUAGUGUUGGCUUGCUAAGGAUUUUUUAUGGACUUGCCAAAGACAGUUGCCAGAGAUAAGAUUGUAUCUGGGAAAGUAUAGCUGGUGCUCAUGCAUGCCAUGAUGCAACUUUUGACUCAUUUGUAUUAGUGAGACGCUGCAUUGCUUUCUUGUGUGACCUGCUGUGCCUUUUGUGCUGGAUCACUACUGUAGCAUAUACGCCAUUGUGGUUCCAGUUUGCUGGGUGCCAGCAUUUUGAAUGUUCAGCCAUUAGAAAAGCAUUCUUACUGAUGCAUUUGUUGACUAUAAUAAAGUGCAUGUGUAUAGGAUAUCAGUUGCUUCUCUUCACACCAGAUAAGAGAUACUUGUUAAAGGGAUGGCAUGGCUGCAUGUAAAUGCUUUUAUGGUAGCUGCACUUACGAUCAUGUCUAAGACUAGAAAUUAUGCCAUUUUUUGUUUUUAAAAGAUGCAAGUUAAUGUCAACAAUUUAGUGCUAUACUUAUUGCAUCAAAAUAUUUUAUGAGCAGAGGAACCGAAUUAAGUAUUAUUGCACACGUUUUAGCACUAAUUUUUUAUGUAUGCUGGUUUUGUUUAGAGUUGUUACUUAGUAUCAGUGUUACCUGAUGAUAUUAAACACUGUUUUUACUUAUCAUGUUAAUGACGUAACCUAAACAUGUAUUGAGGUACUUUUAAACUAUUACUGAGUUUGCUUGACCGUAUGAAUUUAGGGUGUACUGCAUUAAGCAGGAAAAUCAACCUUUUUUAUUUCUAGUGCACUUACAGCAGUGUGCUCACAUUCUUUUGAAGCUAUGUAUAUUUUUUUGGCUGUGUACAUGCAUGUGUGUAUGUACACUGGUUUAUUAGUUUGGGGAUUAUAACUUCUUAAUUCUUUAUCUAUAAAUUGAAUUUGAUUCUGUUUAUUAUGCUUUAGUAGAUAUGAGAGAUGUAAUAUAUUUGAAUUGAAAGCUCUUGUUGCAGUUGGAGGGAAGCAAGGUAUCUUAGAUUGUGGACAAAGUCACUCUCAAUGCUAUGCAAUGUUCAAAAAUUUAUAGCAGUUAUUACAUGAAGUUCUGCAUCAUUUUUCAAUAUUUCAAAAAUCUUGGAUCAGUCUACAUCUCCUCUCCAUUGGCUUUUACUGUAUGCCAUCGUGUGAAAUGUCCGUGCAUGAUUUAAUCCUUUCUGACAUUUUAUCUGUCUUGUUCUCUAUCUGUCUAAAACUCAUUUGUCCGAUUCUUAGCUGUUUAAAUCACCAGUCAUCCUGAAGGUCAGAUGCUCAUUGCAGUUGUUUUGGCAUGUCAUUGCAUUUUAGAUAAUCAAAACAGUCAAGUUGGUGCACGGCUGUCACAGGCCUGCAAGAAUGAAUGCAUAGCCGGUGAAGCCUGUGGUGUACAGCUUAGACAGCGUGAAUGCACAUCCUAGGUUAUAACUUCUUUCAUAGUAAAGCUAAAUGUUAAUUACUAUUAUAGUAAUGAACUGAAAUAAAACAGCCUACAAGGUUUUAGUAUAGUAGACUUUGUUUUGCAACUGAACUGAAGAUGAAUUACUUUCAUAACCUAAAAAGAUUUGAUUGAAGUAAUAAUUCUGCAGUGUUAGGGGUGAAAUAUUGUAAAGUUUAAACGAAGUUAAUACCAUUAAGAAAACUGAACUGCAGGUGAAUCGUAGUAGAAAAAAGAAUAUCCCUUUCAGGCACGAAUUAUGAUGCAUUGUCUGUGAAUGUGUCAAAUUCACAUAGCAUGAUUCCCUGGCACUCAAUAAUAUAUUCCAAGAAGAAAACAUAGUAAUGUCGUUUUGUCUGAGUUUCAGUAAUAAAUAGUAAUAGCAUGUUAUAAAGUAAUUCUGCUACGAGUCAUGUACCCUGUUGAUAUAAAAAAAAAAUGAAAUCAUUGACUCCAAAUGUGUGUGCAAUUAGUUUUUGGUUGCAUUCGUUUCGAGAAAAACAAUACCUUGGUUGUAUGUUCUGGAGCGCAGCACUUCUAAUGACCCGUCAAAAUGUAGUGCAUUCACCAAAGCGAUCACCUGCAGUUACAAGUGGCACACUGAAUUUAAGUCAAGACAUAGUGAAUUUGCAGCAGGCCCAGUUCAUCUAAUGAGUAUUGUAUCUUGCUCAUUUUUGGCCACAAGUUUACAACACUAGCAUAAACAAGUUUAGUACACAAAUGUAAUAAUUGCUGCUCAAGCAGAUCUAUAGAAAACUAUCUUAAAAUAGAAAUUUGAACUAUCCCUACAGAGUCUUGCGUCUAACCUUAAAUACUGUAUACCACGAAUAAAACACAGGGCAGAGGAGGAAAAUGGUUUGUGCUGUCCAGAUUUUAAGAUUAUGAACGAACUAGCCUAGGAACGAAAUUUUUAUGCAUUUUGUGCUUUGUUAGUAGAACUAGCAUAGUAGCGGUCAUCCCCUGCUAGGUGCCUGAGUGGUGUUUAUUUCUCUGGAGGCUCUAUUCUUAUCGUGCAAAUAUGACUGGUCAGUGUUGUCAGUAUUGGUGAUUUAUGUAAGCAAAAGAGAUUGCUGAGCUGUUAUAACUCUGUUGAGCAUUUUACAUACAGCAUGUGCUGUUAAAAUCUAUAUGAUUGGUACAAUAAAUUUUUAACUGGCAUACACAACAGCCAUCAAAAUGAAUGCUCUUCUCUCUGGCUUUAACAGCAUAGAUAAGUUUGUCAUAAGUAACACGACUCAACAACACUGGGAAAUCAAAACAGUUAUGCAGCAACAAUUAUUUAUAAAGUUGGUUAAAGUGUAAGAAGUGAUCUGCUUUAUUUUGAAGAGACUUGAUGCCAAGGCCAGAUUUCUGUAGGUCGCUUAUGACAUUGCAUUGAUGGGUAACUCAAUAGACGAGUUGUUAUUCUUCUUCAUUGAUGAAUUAGACAAGGAAAACAGAA